AUCCGGAGCUUUACGGCAGAGCGCGGGAAACAGCCUGAAAUAAGGGGAGAAAAGUUGUCUCUAGCGGACGUUUGCGGAGACGAGCGAGCGAAGUUAGCGGGAAGGCGCUAAGGAGCGAGAGAGCGAGCGGAAUCCACUGAUUUUUUAUCUGGUGUUUUGUGGUAGUGAGCGAAGACCACAUUCAUAAAUACAUUUGUCUUGCCCAUCGCAUAAAGAUCUUCAAUUAUUCCAAAGGCCACAACCAUGUUUUUCGAAACAAUCUUGAGCAUUUCGGCGUUGCAGAUAGUCGCUUCGCAGUCCAUUCAGGUGUCGCCAUCUUACAGUGGUGGCAGCGUAGCUUUCCCUCACUACGUCACUCAGUACGGCAAAGACCUGCUUGUGGCCGAGACUUCAGAACAAGUAGUCAAGGCUGUACCUACUCCGAACCAGGUCCCUCGCUCUUCAUACCGCUCAACCGACCCCAGUCAGAUCCGGAAGAGUGGCUCUGGCUUCGGCGUGCUUUCGGACGUGUAUCAGCCUCUGAAUUACGACGAAGACGACUCCAAGCUGGACGCAUCGCAGUACGACCUCUUUCCAGAUACGCCGGAGACCACCGCCCCGCGACAGAACUACGGCGCCCCCAACCUCGGCGUGCCUAAGAGCGGAAAUCGCAACCAAACAGCUAGGUUCUUCACCCUUAACACCGGCAGACAGACCCUAGACCUGGGCCUGAGCUUCACCGUGCCCUUCCUGUCGAUCCCCAUGACCUCCCUGGCCUCGAUGAGCAGCGACCUCACGGCCUCCACCACCUCCGCCCUCAGCUCCCUGCUGGCGAUCAACUGGCCCUCCGUCCUUGCCGUUGGGGGCGCCGUGCUCCUGGCCACGCUCCUCCUGCCGCAGCUUAUGACCUUCCUCGCCUCUUUCACCUCGGCCCUGAGGCUGGGCGGGGCGGCCGGCGCGGGCGGGUAUAAAGGGCAGGACGCCGAGCCAGCCUUCGGGUAUGGGGCGCCCUCGUCUUACGCUAGAAACCUCGAGACAGGAGAAGGCCUGCUCCCCGUCACGCCCUUCACCUCCAUCCUGAACCAGCUGGACGACGCCCUGGCGCAGUACGACCUGGACUCCACCUCCUGCCUCCAGCGCGCCGUCUGCUCCUACGUCGCCUCCUCCGACGCCAGCGUGAGCGAGGGAGACGCCGGGGCUACGGAGAUGAUUGUCUCGGGACUAGCCAGGAGCCAGCUGUUGGAGGUCAUGGUAGGUCACUCGUCCUUCACACAGGCGGUGAAGAUGGGUCGCUCUGGAGGAAGCUGUCAACUGCAGUACCCGAAGUGCCCGUUUUCCCUUGGCGGUGUCCUCAGGUUCCUCUCGACGUAUGCCACGCUCACCAGCUGAGGAAGGGCGUAGGGAGGAGGUAUUUUGAGGAGGAUUGGAGAAAGAUUAGAGUAAAGGUGGAAGAGAGGAAGGAAGAGGAGGAGGUGGAGGAAAAGCUCGAAUGAAGUGGAACUGCAAGAGAGAAAAUGGGAAAGGAAAAUGGUUGUGAAUGUUGAAGUGGAUUCCAUUUUCUUUCGUUUUUUUUUCGUUAUAGGCGGUCUCUUCUAUGCUCAACCAAGAAUAAUGGCAAGUUUACUUGCAAAUUGAUCUCUCUUGUUACACUUUUUUAUCUGUUCGGUUAGCUUGUUUGCACAGAUAAAUAUAUUGAUUAUAUUUAGGAUGUUUUAGGAUAUUUUCCUUAACAGAAAACGGGAAUUUGCUUCCGUUUUCUUUUGUAGUGAAGAGAAAACGGGAUUUACCCGACUUUUCUUCCUCAUUACCAUAUUGUUUUCCGUUUGCAAUUAAUUAUUUAUCAGCAUUUACUUUCUCUGUUAAGUCACAUAUAAAUGUAUCAAUGAU